CACAUCUAUAAAUAUUGACGUGAGAGUGAAUUAUUGAUAUAUAUUUUGAGAAAUGGUAGGACCAGUGAGGCCUCAAUUUGUGUUGUUUGGUUCAUCCAUAGUUGAGCUGAGUUAUACUUGUGAAGGUUGGGGAGCUACCCUUGCCAACUUGUAUGCUCGCAAGGCAGAUGUAAUUUUGAGAGGAUAUUGCGGUUGGAAUACAAGACGUGCUCUGCAAGCUCUGGAUAAAAUAUUUCCUAAGGAUGCCACUGAUCAACCAUCAUUGGUAAUUGUGUACUUUGGUGGCAAUGAUUCUAUGCAUCCACAUCCAACAGCCCAUAGUCCUCAUGUACCCCUCCAAGAAUACAUUGAAAAUAUGAGGAAGAUUGCAAUCCAUCUAAUGAGCCUUUCAAAGAAGACUCGCUUAAUAUUCCUCAGUUCCCCUCCCAUCAAUGAGGUGCAAAUGCAUGAAAUGCUCAGUGAUCUACUGGGGCCAUUAAAAAGGACAAAUGAAUCCUGUCGAUUAUACUCAGAAGCAUGUUUGGAGCUGUGCCGUGAGAUGAAUGUGAAAGCCAUUGAUCUCUGGUCUGCACUCCAGCAAAGGCAUGACUGGUUAGAUGUUUGCUUCACGGAUGGAAUUCAUUUGUCACAUGAGGGAAACAAAAUAGUGGCAAAAGAGAUAUUUAAGGUCCUCAGAGAAGCAGACUGGGAACCUAGUCUGCACUGGAACUCAAUGCCAACAGAGUUUGCAGAAGAUUUUCUUUAUGAUCCAAAUUGUGCUGAUAGAAAGAGUAUUAUAAAUGUCUCUAACGGGAACUUCCAAGGAAAUUCUCAAUUGGAGUAGAAUUAUUCUGCAUUUUCAAGCAACAGAAAAACCCAUAAUUUGAAUCUCAAAGUGGAAUGGUUUUAUACUGUUUAUAGGUGCUUAAAGAAAUAUGUUGUUCUUAAAGCAUAUUGUAGCAUGUUAAAAGCACUUUUGAAAAUAGAAAUAAAAUCGCACAUACAGAUAGGGCUACCAACAAAAUUCAAAUCAUUGUCGUUUCGUCGAUUUUUAUGUUUACAAGAUUUUUGAAUCA